GUACCCUUCGACGCGACCUGCUAGCGUCAGAACACCAAAGGAUGCCCCCGUGAGACCGACUUCCAUCCCUCUUACGCGUCACGCAGCAGGGGAUCCAUCAUGGCUUCGAAAAUCAUUGGAGUUAUUGGAGCCGUCAAAUCGGUGGCUACCGAGCCCGUUUUCGCCGGAGGGCUGUUGUACCUGCUUACGCGUGGGCCACUCCAGGUCCGCGAGCGCAUUCUCCAGCCCUUUCAGAGCAAUUUACUCUCCAAUAAUAGCGUCACAAGACUAGCUGCCUUCAUCACCGUCCUCAAAGUCCUUACUGCCGCCGGAGUGCUCAAGCACAUCAACCGCGCUUUGAAUGCGCUCGCGCUGAACAACUGGAGCUUCAAACGACCGGGCGCGCCGUUCAAGUUCGGGCCGGAGAAGGAAGAGCUGGUUGUGAUCACGGGCGGCAGUUCGGGCUUUGGAUAUGAGAUGGUGAAGGGCUUCUGCAAGCAUGCGAGGGUUGUUGCGCUGGAUGUCAGUCCGUUUCCGCCGGAGCUUGAGAGUUUGCCUGGCGUCCACUUCUACCGCUGCGAUGUUACCGAUACCCCAGCUGUGCAAGCGGUGUGCAAGGAGAUUCGAGACACGCACGGCGAUCCGAGUGUCCUCAUCAACAAUGCUGGAAUUGGAACCGCAGGGACUGUACUUGACACAAGCAACGAACACACCGAGCAACUUUUCAAGGUCAAUCUCAUCUCCCACUUCGUGCUCAUCCGGGAGUUUCUGCCGGGCAUGCUCCGGAUGAAGAAGGGUCACAUCGUUACUAUUGCUUCGAUGGCGUCUUUCCUCGCCGGGGCCGGUUUUCUAGACUAUUGCUGCUCCAAAGUCGCAGCUUUAUACUUGAACGACGGUAUCCGCGCAGAGUGCCUAUCCCGCUACGAGGGCGGCGAAGGCAUCUGCACGACGUCCGUCCACCCAAAUUUUCAUGCUACGGGCAUCAUCAAAGGCGUGGAGAAAUCGCUCCAGAAGCGCGGCCUCCGUAUUGAUCCGCCGAUCAAUGUAUCGAACUUGGUGAUUGAGCAGGUGCUCAAGGGUAAGAGUGGGCGGAUCCAUGUUCCGUUGACCGAUGAGCGCUUUAGUGGUCUGAGGAAUUGGCCACUGUGGUUGCAGGACAUCGUGUUUGGGCUGCCAUGGAAGAAGAAGCGAGUCGAGAAAAUAGAUCCAGUAUUGGAGGGAGCAGAGGGAAAGUAAAAAGUAGGCAGGCAAGAAUAUCCGCCGUGUGGUCUUUCGAUGCAGCACAGGAGCAGUUGGUUCGUUCCUUGAUUCACAGGCCCGGGCCUUUGUCCAACUUAUUUACGUCUGCGACCUGAAUACGACACAAGGUAUAGCGCACGAGAAGAAAGUGUUUACUCUACGCAACGCUGGAUCAAAUUCGCUCGUGUUGUUUUUAUCUUCGGACGAACUUGCCCGGACAAAACUCGGCAAUCCGUCCAUCAUCCAGUACCGGUACUCUGAAACGAUCGACAGGUCGCACAAAUAACAAUGACACAUCGUGAUUCGUCCCGAUCGAAAUAUGCGGUCCGUGUCUUCUAGGAAAAAGCGCGGCUUACAAACCGCCUCUCACAUACUCAGCCCCUUCGGCCAACUUCGCAG